AUGCAGACCCUAAGCAGAUGCUUAUCCAUGGCUCUUCUCAUCGGGCAGACCGGAUCCUUCUGGCUCCCAGAGUUCAAGCGUGGACUUACCACUCCUUGGAAGCAAGCUAUACCAGAGGACCAUUCUGGUUCGCAUGUCAAAUGCGGAAUCUCCAUCUCUCGCAUCAGUCCUCCUGCCAUAAUCAUCACGAAGAUAGGGGAAGGACACUGGGAGUUAUCUGGACCCUGUCAGCAGCAGCUGAAGCGACUGAUGAACAAGGGUGGCCCUCAGAAACAGACAAACAAUCGUCGUAUGCAAAUAAUGAGUGCUCGUGAUGCCACUUGCCGGGAAGUUCUGGAGAGUUUUCCUAUUCCGGAUACCGCAAGUGCAGAGGAAGCUGUCGAGAUUGUAUGCGGGAAUGGCAGCAAACCUCCAUCCAUGAUCAACCCAAAAUUCGACUACCACCACAGUUUGAGGAGAAAGAUUGGUUCUGCCGUCAACAACCCCAAGCACAAUGUCGAGAGUGAACCCACUUCGAGUUACCGACAAGGCAUGCUCCACAAGAUGAGGAAAACUGGUUCCAGUGAAUGGGAGAACUCAGUCGUAUCGCUUGCUCCUAACCUUUGUGGUUUGUCUGACGGCAAGGCUUCGGAGCUCGCAGCUGCGAUCUACCGCCUCCCGACUGGUGGGUGGACUUUUGCCUUCCGAUGUGGAGCUUCCCAUAACGAGACCGCCAGAGUUUACUACUUCUCUGCUCCGGACAACAGUAAUGUAGAGUGCGUUACUAUGUUGAGGAGACAGAGUGGAGAGUUUCCUGUUGCGAAGAUGACUUCUCUAAUGUGCGCCAGAAGGCACCAGAUUCCACCUAGGUUCGUCUUGGAGGAACCCCCAACCCCGCUCGUGAAUGCAAUGUCUACCGAUAAGUCUGAGAAAUCCGGCGACGAGGCCCAAGCAGCAGCUGAUGAAAGCGAACAAGAGCCAACGACUGAAGAGGAGCUUGGAGAGAAGAGCGAAAAUAAUUCUACCACAGUGGACAUGGAAUCGAACGGAUCCGGCUGGAGCAACUCGGAGGACUCGAUCGUAUCCUUCGCCCCCAAUCUCUGCGGGCUGUCGGAUGGCAAGUCCUCGCGACCUGUCGUCGCCAUAUACCACUCUCCUGAAGGCUCUUGGGUUGUGGCAUUCCGUUGUGAUGAUGCACAAGGAAAGUCCGAGUGA